AUGGCCAGCUGGAGUCAGCAUUUACCGGACCACUGGCUUCCUCUCGUCGUCUAUACAGCUACGGGUGGACCGCUCAUGACUUAUCAGAAUGCAUCCAUUGCAGCAAUUUGGACAUAUUACCGCGCGGCCCGUAUUAGCCUCCAAAGACAUCUACUUGAUCUACGCCAGACCCUUGCCUCGCUCGUCGGUGACAACCAGGCCUGCGACGUCCACCGUGAUGCCGCGCUGGAGGAGAUUCAGGAGAUGACCACCGAUACCUGUCGGAGUAUUCCCUUUUCAUUAGGGGAUAUCGAUGCACUUGGGCAAACAAUCCCAACCUCUGCUGAGGGACGACCACCCAUUCGCGCUCUUUACGGAUAUCUGAUGCUGUGGCCGCUAUGGUAUGUUCUGACGUUCGGCAUGGGCACAGCGGCACAGAUGGAGCAAAUUCGAAGCGCCUUAGGCAGGGUCGGUUCUGUGCUGGGCAUCAAGCUGGCGCUAAUGCUGGCGCAACAGGGAAGCAUGUCCCAACAUGCGACUGCAUUGACCCCAAACCCCUACCGUUUUGUACCAUCGACGAGCUAA